UCAAAUGUAAAUGGCAGCUAAACAGGUAAUGGUUCGAUUAAGAACGAUGGCAUGCUGGCUGAAAAAGGAGAGCUGAAAGCACAGAAUAAAAAUCUAUACGUGGCGUCAUUGGUUGCUCAGCUUGGUUCGUUUAUGAUGGGCUACACCCUAGCAUACACAUCCCCUGCUAUACCAGACAUGGAAGACAGAGGAGUGUUGAAGACGACUGAUCAAAUAUCAUGGUUUGGUUCAUUAAUGGCUAUAGGGGCGAUAUUCGGUGGCCCGAUUGCUGGCUUUUUUGUUGGUAAUUAUGGCCGAAAAGUGGCUAUGAUGAUGUGCUUUCUGCCAUUUGUGGUUGGCUAUGGCCUAAUAUCAUCUCUGGACAACAUCGCAACACUGUACUUUGGCCGCAUACUGACCGACGUUGGAGCGGGAAUGGUUUCUUUCUCUACCCCCGUAUACAUAGCGGAGUUAUCGAGUCUUGAUUUACGAGGAAUGUUAGUAGGUGUCUCUCAUCCGUUUAUAGGUGGUGGGAUGCUUCCCGUGAAUGCUUUGGGUUGUGAUGACGGAAGCCUGGGUGUUCUGGUUCUUUGGGGUGUUUGUUUUCUCAGUACCAUUUUUGUUGCUCUUUGUGUUCCCGAAACGAAAGGAAAGUCAUUGGAGGAAAUAACAAAGGAUUUCAACCGCUACAAUAGGCAUUUGUGAUAUUUGUACUGCAGUUGAUACAAAAUUGUUAUUCUGCGGUCGGUCAUGGUUUAGGCCUAUUUGUUAGGUGAUGAUAAUAAUAAUAACAACAUCCGAUUUGUACAUUAAGCAUGGUUUAAUGGUUGUAGUAGCUAAUUGUAUUUUUUAUUGUACUGCCUCAUUAUAGAGAAUAAUGAUGACGAUAAUGAUAAUGAUAAUAAUAAUAAUAAUAAUGGCGACAAUAAUAACAAUGAUAAUGAUGAUUAUAACGAUUACGAUAAUAAUGGUGAUUAGGGCCUACUAUGAUAAUGAUUAUUAUGAUGGUAAUGACGAUGGUAUAGUGGCAGUAAAAUAUGGACACCCCUUUAACAAUAAUUUUAACAAUAAUUAAAAUUAACAUACAAACAUAGGAUUUUUUUUAUCUGUUUCAAUUUGCAUUGAUGCAUUUUAUUUGUACCAUUUUGUUUAUUGUUUUUUGUUUCUUCUUAUCACAGCAAAUGAAGUUGCUUCAUUUAUGUGUUGCUGCUGAUUUUUUUUUUAA